AUGGAGGUUGCUAUUGUUCCAGCCAGCGCCGUUGACAUCCCAGAUCUUUUGCGCGUGCACAAAUCUGCAUUCAAAAGCGAUCAAUUUUCAAAUUUCAUGCUCGCAGGUCGAGAUGAAAAUGUGCAUCGUAACCUUAUGAAGCAGUCAAUCGAGACAUGGCUCUCUACCCACACUUCGCAACUGGUAAAGGCCGUGGCCGAUGACGGGAACGUCGUUGGGUGGGCGUGUUGGCUAGUCAAGGGAGAAGAUCAAAGCCAGCCCCUCAUGAAACCGGAACAUAUACGUGACUGGCCGAAUAAUGUCGGAUCCGCCCCUGUUCUUCAUGGUGAGAGAGUGUCCACGGACGAGCCUGGAGAAUACACAAAUCACGCAUCGCAACUACAAAAUGAUAAACUGAAAACACCAGCUCAACUCGUCAGUCGGCAGAUGCGCAAUGAUUUGAUGAAAUGGGAGGAUCAGAUGAAAGGCAGGCGAUACUAUGUUUUGCAGGCCCUUGUGACAAGUCCACACUGCCAGCGUCAGGGAGUUGCGUCCCAGAUGAUCCAGUGGGGGGUUGAUAGGGCCGAUGCAGAGAAGAUUUCAUGCUGA